UCGUGGUGGUAUAAGGAAGCGAACUCCAGCAGGACAAUAACAGUAUCGAAGUACAGGAGAGAGAGAGAGAAUAGUUCGAAGAGUACACUACAUGGGGACGCGAAAUGGCAUCUUCAACCAGCGAGAGGAGGGCAUUUGCUCACAAAAUUAAUCGGACGGUGGCUGCAGAGGUCAGGAAGCAGGUAUCCAGAGAGUAUGGCUCCCCUCAGCUCUCCAAGAAACGAGGAGCACACCAACCUGUGCCGCUGACAGAGGUGGUGGAGCCUGUGGACUAUGAGGAGUAUGUGAGUAGCCACGCCCCUGGGGCGGAGCCUGGCCCCCUCAGACAGCUGAUGGAGUUCCCCCCAGACGACCUGGAGCUCCUCCUGCAGGACAGAGAGUGUACUACACUGGAGCCCCCUCUGCCCGAGGACACAUUUGACCCAAGAGUGAGAGAUGCCUUGGGUGUCUACACAGAUGACUGGUUGAUCAUUCAGAGGAAGUAUCAGCGUUACAGUACAACCCACACCCCCCAUAACUCUGAGCGACAGAGGGAGAGGCAGCGAGGGCUGGUUAAGCAGACCUUUGAACUGGACGAGGCUGCGGCCGCUGACCGCCAGGACGACCAAGACGAUGCUAAGCGGCGGUCAGUCUCUCUGGAUGACACGCCCCGGGGUAGCUGGGCCUCCAGUAUCUUUGACCUGAAGAACUCGUUGCCGGACGCCCUGCUGCCCGCGGUGCUAGAGCGCACGGCUGCAGAGGACAUGGACCGCCGCAACGCUGAGGCCCGCAUGCAGGGGCGCCACCCUGACCUGCUGGGGCUCUUCCCUCCUCCCGACGAGGAUGAGGCUGUGGAGAGAUGCUCUGUCCCAGAGGUCCCCAAAGAACACUGUGGUCAGAGGAUCAUGGUCAAGUGUCUGUCCCUCAAAUUUGAAAUAGAAAUUGAGCCAAUAUUUGGGACUCUUGCUCUCUAUGAUGUCAAGGAAAAGAAAAAGAUCUCAGAGGACUUCCACUUUGACCUGAAUUCAGAUCAGAUGAAGGGCUUGCUGCGUCCCCACACGCCCCACGCAGCCAUCUCCACCCUGGCCCGCUCAGCCAUCUUCUCUAUCACGUACCCUUCAGCAGACAUCUUCCUGGUCAUCAAGCUGGAGAAAGUCCUUCAGCAGGGAGACAUAGGGGAAUCCUGUGAACCCUACAUGGUCAUGAAAGAGUCAGACUCAUCAAAGGUAACACACAAGGAGAAGCUGGAGAAGCUACGUCUGCAGGCGGAGACGUCGUGUAGCAGGCUGGGGAGGUACAGGAUGCCCUUCGCCUGGACGGCCAUCCACCUGGUCAACAUCGUCAGCAGUGUGGGGGGGCUGGAGCGCUCUGACCCCGACUCUGACUCUGAGCGGAAAGGCCAUGGAACAUGGAACGAGAGAAAGAAGAAAGGGUUUGAGCGGAUGAGUGUAGGAGAGGACAUGUGUAACUUUGCCACCUUCCGUCCAGCCACUCUCACAGUCACCAACUUCUUCAAACAGGAGGGGGACAGGCUAAGUGAUGAAGACCUCUACAAAUUUCUGGCUGACAUGCGCAGACCGACCUCUGUCCUACGCAGACUGAGACCUGUCACAGCCCAGUUGAAGAUAGACAUCUCUCCAGCCCCAGACUCUCCUCACUACUGCCUGUCUCCUGAGCUGCUCCAUGUCAAGCCCUACCCUGACCUGAGGGUGCGCCCCACCAAGGAGGUGCUGGAGUUCCCCGCCCGCUACGUCUACACCCCUCACACCACCUACAGGAACCUGCUUUAUAUCUACCCCCAGAGCCUGAACUUCAGCAGUCGGCAGGGCUCAGUCAGGAACAUUGCUGUCAAGGUGCAGUUCAUGGCAGGAGAGGAUCCCAGUCUGGCCAUGCCGGUGAUCUUUGGGAAGUCCAGCUGUGCCGAGUUCUUUACAGAGGCUUAUUCACCCGUCAUCUACCAUGACAAGUCUCCAGAGUUCUAUGAGGAGGUGAAGAUGAAGAUUCCAGCCAACCUGACAGACAACCACCACCUCCUGUUCACCUUCUACCACAUCAGCUGUCAGCCCAAACAGAACACGCCCCUGGAGACCCCUGUGGGAUACACCUGGAUUCCUCUGAUGCAACAUGGCCGCCUACGGACCGGUUCCUUCAGUCUGCCAGUCUCUGUUGAGAAACCACCAGCCAGCUACUCCGUCCUCACCCCUGACGUGCAGCUCCCAGGCAUGAAGUGGGUGGAUAAUCACAAGCAGGUGUUCAAUGUAGAGGUGACAGCUGCCUCCUCAGUUCACACUCAGGACCCCCACCUGGAUAAGUUCUUCACCCUGUGUUACGUCCUGGAGGAGUACUCAUUCCCGUUCCGUCUGAAGGACUGUAUCAUCAGUGAGGCCAAUGUGGAGGGGGAGCUGAAGGCUAGCAUGGCCGGCCUGCGGGGGGCGCUACUCGACACCUGCGUCCGCUUCCUCCACCAGCUGCUCUCCAAACUCAUCCUGCUUAUCGUCCACCCGCCCGUCAUCGCAGGACAGAUCGUGAACCUGGGUCGUGCAGCGUUCGAGGCCAUGUCCCUGCUGGUCAACCAGAUCCAUAAGAACCUGGAGGGGAACCAGGACCAGCACGGCAGGAACAACCUGCUGGCCUCCUACAUCCACUACUGCUUCCACCUGCCCACCACCGAGCCUGCCAUGCCCCCUACUGGGGGUGCCACCCCGGCCUACGAGCUGCCCAUCCAGUACGCCACGUUGUCCAGGGCAACGGCCCGCCCCAGCACCCUGCACUUGGCCCACUCCAAGAGCAUCAGUAACUCCAACCCUGACCUGGCCAGCACCCCGACGUCACCUGACGAGGAGGUGCAGAGGAUCAUCGGCAGCAAGGGGAUAGACCGCUCCCACUCCUGGGUAAACUCUGCUUAUGCCCCCGGGGGCUCCAGAGCUGUGCUACGCCGGAACCCCAACUUCAGCUGUGAGCUCAAGCAGGCAAGUGAUCGUGGCUGCAAUCGCAUGUCUGCCUUUGUGGACAGCACCACCUUCUGUUCAGCUCCAACAAGACAGAUUGCCAAGAAGUUGCUCCAUGAAGAGCUGGCUCUACAGUGGGUGGUGAGCACCAGCACAGUGAGGGAGGCAGCACUGCAACAGGCCUGGUUCUUCUUCCAACUCAUGACAAAGAGUAUGUCCCACCACCUGUUCCUGUCCUCCCGACUAGACCUUCCCAGACGCCAGCGCUUCCCAGACCGCUUUGUGGAUGACAUCGCUGCUCUAGUGGGUGCUAUCAGUGCUGAUGUAGCAGGCCGAUACCACAAGGAUGUGGAGCUUGUGGAGAGGUUGAACAGCAGUCUGGCCUUCUUCCUGAAUGACCUUCUGUCUCUCAUGGACCGUGGCUUUGUCUUCAACCUCAUCCGCUCCUACUACAAACAGAUUGCCAACAAGUUCCACACAGCCCAGAACCCCAGCUCUCUGACAGCUCUGAGAAUGGACUUCACCCGCAUCGUGUGCAGCCAUGAGCACUACGUCACCCUCAACCUACCCUGCUCCACCCUCAGCCCCCCCGCCUCUCCCUCCCCCUCCACCUCCUCCACCACCUCCCAGGGUUCAGCGUUCUCCAGUAUGCACCAGGACCAGGGCGUGGCCAGUAUGUUUGAGCUCUCCGUCCCCUUCAGACAGCAACACUUCCUGUCUGGCCUGCUGCUGACUGAGCUAUCCCUCAUCCUGGAGCCUGAUGGGGAGGGGGUGUUUUUCCUACAUAAGAAGGCCAUCAGUGCAGUCCACUCUCUGAUGUGCAGUCAUGAUGCGGAUCCUCGCUACACGGACCCCCAGGUGCGAGCCCACAUCGCCCAGCUCUACCUGCCCCUCAUCCCCAUCGUGAUGGACACCCUGCCCCAGCUCCAUGACUUCACAGACACCUCUCCCACUCGGGGCCGCCACGCCUCCGCUAUGCAAGACGACGGGGACCCAGACAACGGAACCAUCAGUCAGUCUGUCGCCAUGGCGAUCGCCGGCUCCCCGUUGCCGCAUGCCAAAGCCCCCAACUUCACCAUGCCCACGGUGACUGGUCGUCAGUGCAGCUCUCUGUCUGCAGAGUGCAGUAGAACUCUGCUGGUGUCUUUCCUGUGGGUUCUGAAGAACGCAGACGCUGCUCUGCUGGAGAGCUGGGUGUCAGACCUCUCUGUGCUUCAGAUCAACAGGCUGCUAGACCUGCUGCACCUCUCGGUGUCCUGCUUCGAGUACAAGGGGAGGAAGGCUCUGGAGCGUAUCAACAGCCUGACGUUUAAGAAGUCUCAGGACAUGAAGGCUCGUCUAGAGGAGGCUAUACUGGGAACCAUCGGAGCCCGACAGGAGAUGGUCCGCCGCUGUAGAGAGCGGAGUCCAUAUGGUAAUGAGAAUGUCAGAUGGAGGAAGAACGUCACUCACUGGAGACAGAACACCGACAGAGUCGACAAAACUAAGGUGGAGACAGAGCAAGAGUCAGUGGUGGAUGGAAACCUGGCCACUGAAGCCUCUCUGGUCGUCCUGGACACACUGGAGAUCAUAGUGAAGACGGUGCUGGCGUCAGAGCUGAAGGAGAGUGUUUUGGGCGGGGUGUUGAGAGUCCUCCUCCACAGCAUGGCAGGGAGUCAGAGUGCCCUCUUCCUGCAGCACUGCUUCACUACACAGAGGGGACUGGUCUUCAAGUUCCCAGAGAUGCUGUUUGAGGAGGACACAGAGCUGUGUGCUGACCUGUGUCUGCGUCUGCUCCGCCACUGCAGCAGUAGUGUGGGCUCUGUCCGGAGUCAAGCCUCCGCCUCCCUCUACCUGCUCAUGAGGCAGAACUUUGAGAUCGGCAAUAACUUUGCUCGGGUGAAGAUGCAGGUGACCAUGUCCCUGUCCUCCCUGGUGGGGACAUCUCAGAACUUCAACGAGGAGCACCUCCGACGCUCCUUAAAAACCAUCCUGACCUACGCAGAGGAGGACCUGGAGCUACGGGACUCCUCGUUCCCAGAACAGGUCCAGGAUCUGGUGUUCAACCUGCACAUGAUUCUGACUGACACAGUCAAGAUGAAGGAGCACCAGCAGGACCCUGAGAUGCUCAUUGAUCUCAUGUACAGGAUUGCUAAGGGCUACCAGAACUCCCCUGACCUGCGCUUGACGUGGCUGCAGAACAUGGCAGGGAAGCACUCUGAGAGAGGGAACCACGCAGAGGCAGCCCACUGCCUGGUGCACAGCGCCGCCCUGGUGGCAGAGUACCUCAACAUGCUGGAGGACUGCCGCUACCUGCCCAUUGGCUGUGUCACCUUCCAGCACAUCUCGUCUAACGUUCUGGAGGAGUCAGCGGUGUCUGAUGAUAUCCUGUCCCCAGAGGAGGAGGGUAUCUGUGCGGGGAAGUCCUUCAGCGAGUCGGGCCUGGUGGGGCUCCUGGAGCAAGCUGCAACCUCCUUUCACAUGGCUUCAAUGUAUGAGGCCAUCAACGAGGUGUAUAAGAUCCUACUCCCAGUCCACGAGGCCAACAGGGACUUUAAGAAGCUGGCCACUGUCCACGGAAAGCUGCAGGACGCCUUUAACAAAAUCUACAACCAGAGUUCAGGAUGGGAGAGGAUGUUUGGGACCUACUUCCGGGUGGGCUUCUACGGCUGUCGCUAUGGGGACCUGGAUGAGCAGGAGUUUGUGUACAAGGAGCCUUCCAUCACCAAGCUGGCUGAGAUCUCCCACAGACUAGAGGAGUUCUAUGCUGAGCGGUUUGGAGAUGAUGUGGUGGAGAUUAUCAAGGACUCCAACCAUGUGGACAAGAACAAGCUGGACCCCAAUAAGGCCUACCUCCAGAUCACCUACGUGGAGCCCUUCUUCGACACGUACGAGCUGAAGGAGAGGAUCACCUACUUCGACAAGAACUACAACCUGCGCACCUUCAUGUACUGCACCCCGUUCACCCUGGAUGGGCGCGCCCACGGGGACCUGCACGAGCAGUACAAACGCAAAUCCAUCCUCACCACGUCCCACGCCUUCCCCUACAUCAAGACACGCAUCAACGUCAUCCACAAAGAGGAGAUCAUCCUGGUGCCCAUGGAGGUGGCGAUAGAGGACAUGCAGAAGAAGACCCAGGAGCUGGCCUUCGCCACCCACCAGGAGCCUGCCGACGCCAAGAUGCUGCAGAUGGUGCUGCAGGGCUCUGUGGGCACCACUGUCAACCAGGGCCCUCUGGAGGUCGCUCAGGUCUUUCUCUCUGACAUUCCUGAUGACCCCAAGCUGUACCGUCAUCACAACAAGCUACGCCUCUGCUUUAAAGACUUCACUAAGAGGUGUGAGGAUGCCCUGAGGAAGAACAAGACUCUGAUUGGUCCAGACCAGAAAGAGUACCACAAGGAAAUGGAGAGGAACUACAAUAAGCUCAAAGAGUCUCUGGGACCGCUCAUCAACCGCAAGAUCCCCCAGCUCUACAGAACACUGCCAGCUACAGGGCUUCAGCCGGCUACACAAAGAAAUUCCUUCAGUAGGUCCAGUCUCCGCAGGGGGGACUGUUGACGCACAGCAGACCUCCUCAACAGAGAAGAAACCAAGCGCUUGAGACAUACAUACUCUUGAUUUCAACUGGUCUGUCUGUCUCCCCCACCCCCUUCACACACCAACUGUCUAUCCUAAACACACACACCAUCCUCCAUCUCCCAAGCUUGUUAUUCCAACCCCCCCCCCAGUGUCAGGCCAUACCACCUCUCUCCCGUCAGGCCAUACCACCUCUCUCCCGUCAGGCCAUACCACCUCUCUCCCGUCAGGCCAUACCACCUCUCUCCCGUCAGGCCAUACCACCUCUCUCCCGUCAGGCCAUACCACCUCUCUCCCGUCAGGCCAUACCACCUCUCUCCCCGCCAGGCCAUACCACCUCUCUCCCGUCAGGCCAUACCACCUCUCUCCCGUCAGGCCAUACCACCUCUCUCCCGUCAGGCCAUACCACCUCUCUCCCGUCAGGCCAUACCACCUCUCUCCCGUCAGGCCAUACCACCUCUCUCCCCGUCAGGCCAUACCACCUCUCUCCCGUCAGGCCAUACCACCUCUCUCCCGCCAGGCCAUACCACCUCUCUCCCGUCAGGCCAUACCACCUCUCUCCCGUCAGGCCAUACCACCUCUCUCCCGUCAGGCCAUACCACCUCUCUCCCGUCAGGCCAUACCACCUCUCUCCCGUCAGGCCAUACCACCUCUCUCCCGUCAGGCCAUACCACCUCUCUCCCGUCAGGCCAUACCACCUCUCUCCCGUCAGGCCAUACCACCUCUCUCCCGCCAGGCCAUUACACCUCUCUCCCGCCAGGCCAUACCACCUCUCUCCCGUCAGGCCAUACCACCUCUCUCCCGUCAGGCCAUACCACCUCUCUCCCGUCAGGCCAUACCACCUCUCUCCCGUCAGGCCAUACCACCUCUCUCCCGUCAGGCCAUACCACCUCUCUCCCGUCAGGCCAUACCACCUCUCUCCCGCCUCACUCACUCCUUUCUGGUCUUCCUCUCCUCUCUCUCUCACACUCCUAUAGGAAAAGCUCCCUCUGUUUAUACUGGAAGUUUAUCUGCACUGUAAACAUAGUCAUUUGGACCAUGUCUCUUUCUCCUGGGCAUUUACAGAGACCAGCUUUCAGGAGGAGUCUCUCUGCAUUGAAGAGGACCCAGAAUGAUGCCUCUCCCUCUCUGUUCAUCUCCGCUCAGUUUAAUUGUAGCUUUUCCAGAACUGGAGAGUUCAAACAACUCCUAGGCGCUUCCUUAAUUGUGUGUUUGUUUUGGGCUGCGUUUGAAUGUGUGCGCUUGGAAGUUUGUGUUUGAGUGUGUCUUGCCCCAACUGCACAGGAUCUAGGCUUCUUUCCAUUUGCUUGUGUAUGUGUCAUGUUUGCUGUGGAAUGGCCUUAAUGAAUUUGUGUGUGACCAGUUGCUGCCAGACGUAGUCAUUAAAUGGUCCCAGGGAGUCGUUCUGUACUCAACGAUCCUCAUACCAAAUAACUGACAUUCUUUAACUACUGAGUUCUCCUUUUCAUAUACCCUGUAUCAGGACAGGAAUUCAUUAUGAAGAAGUAUGACAUUUUGAUCAUUAGAGGCCCCACCGCUCUAGAUAAGCAUACAAUGGACACAUUGUAGGUUAGAGAGAAGAUGUGGCUUUGGGAAGAGAGGGAGCGUUAAAAAUGGCCUCUGGUGACACUGAAAUUUUUACUGCACUGACCAAAAACACUGUCGCAUCACUGAUGUUCACAUAGUAAGCACUGCCAGUCUGGCAAUGACAUUCACCCUCUCACACACACAACUAUGUACUGACGUAGAUAUGCAGUAGAUCACACAUUGUCAUUAUUAUCGACUAUGUUUCAUGUCCUGAACUGUUCUCCUCCUGCCUGGAUGUGAUGUGCUGACAGAAACACUCCACAUGUUCUGGAAUUCAUCCUCAACGCUGUGGUUGGUGGAAAUAUAUAAUGUAGGUAAUUUUAACUACUGUAUUGGACUGUGUCUCCUUUAUUGUAUUGCACUAUACUGUAUUCACACUGCCGCACCUACGUACCACUGUCUGUAACUACUCUAUUUCCUCUGCUUGUUGUAUUUUCACAAGGCUUGUCUAAAACUGCAUUUUUACCAGUCAGGAAAAGAACGACUAUUUUUAUUUAGUCACUUAUUCUGUUUUUUUGUACUGCUUUGUAUUAAAAUGUUCUCUCAAUCUUAA